CAUCAAAAUCAUUCUAUCCUAAACCAGAAGCACCACAGGGACAUUGAAGAUCUCUUUGCUGUAAUAUUGCGUUGUAUUUUUGCUUAUUCUAUAAGCAUACCUAUUUUGAAGAAAGUCUUAAUUUAAAAGUUUAUCUUUUAUCUCUUGUACUGUUGAACAAAACUAAAGAUGAAGAAGUCUUUUGGAGUAGUGUGCAUAUCACUAAUUUUAUGUGCAGCUCUGUCAGAAACAAUUGGAUUAGUGAUUGCGGGUAAAGAGAAGCGAGGGUGGACACUAAACAGUGCUGGCUACCUUUUGGGUCCCCGUCGUAUUGAUCACCUAAUACAGAUAAAGGAUAAUCCAAGCGUAAGGGGGAGAGAAGAACUGCUAAGUCAAUACGGCAUUGACGGUCACCGCACCCUCAGUGACAAGCAUGGCCUUGCUGGGAAGAGAGACAUGCCCCUGGACGAUGACUUCAAAACAGGUGCCUUGAGAAUAGCAGAUGAGGAUGUAAUACACACUGUCAUUGACUUCUUAUCAUACCUGAAACUUAAAGAAAUCGGAGCUCUGGAUACCAUGCCUUCCUCUCUCACAUCAGAAGAGAUGGGUCAGCCCUAGUUCAACUGAUCUCUUCUCUAUGCCUCACCCGCCUACAAACAACAGUAUCUGUACAUUUCCCAUUAUACUGGAUACUGGUGUCAUCAUAACAACAAUAUGCUAUACAGAUUAAUCACGUUCUUAUUAUAAUUUGAAAGAAAUGGAUUGAAUAAAACCUUUGAAUGGCAAAA